AUGUCCAGCUUCCUACGCAGCAAACAGGCGGGGAUACAGAAUGACUUGUCCGCGAGCAUCCGGCCGGAGCUUCUCAUGCCAGAUGAGCAAGCUCGCUAUGGCAUAAAUAGUCAGAUCGGAUGCCUCGGAUAUGACCCGGUACAAUCGCUCCUUGCCAUCGGCACCAAGGAGACCAGGUUUGGCCCUGGCAAGAUAUCCGUCUUUGGCCAACGUCGAGUCCAGAAGACCUUGCAACCAUCUCGUCCGACCUCGUUCCACUUCGUGCAAUUCAGUGCCAACAAGAUUGUGAGUUUGGACACAAAAAAUGAACUUGGGCUUUGGGAUUUGGACACGGGCUCUCGACUGGCGACUCAAGUCAUUAGUGGUGGUACGGCCGUUGCCCUUGUAACGGACCCUAUGUUGGACUGGGCCUUUAUUGGACUACAGAACGGUGAAGUUUUGGCAUAUGAUCUUGAUAGGAGAAACUUGGUCCGAUCUUUCAGGUUACCCAACUUUUGGCACCAGAAAGACUCGUCUGGAAGGCCAGCACCUCUGAUAUGUAUGUCUAUGCAUCCUAGGGAUGCCGGCAAACUGUUACUCGGGUUUGCUCAUGGCGCGGUCAUCUACUCUUUCAAACAAAACAAACCGGUUCAGUUUCUGGAGUACGUACUCCCUGCCGGAGCACCGGGAGGCAAUAGUUUGGGAAUCGACACAACACGUCGCCCUCGGCUCACACAUGCCCUCUGGCAUCCCUCAGGUACAUUCAUCGUUACAGCCCACGAAGAUGGCAGUUUGGUUCUGUGGGACCCCAAGGAACAGAAAAUUAUUACCGCCCGGACAUUGAAGGACAAUGGUGUUCAUCAUCCGGCGCCAAACUCAGCCAAAACGUCGUUCUCUGAACCAUUCACCAAGGUCGUAUGGUGCUGCAAGGCAAACUGUGAGGAUACCGGGUUGCUGGUAGCUGGUGGCGAAACUUCGAAUACUUCCCCCAGAAACCUCACAUUCAUUGAACUCGGCUUGACGCCAAUGUAUACAACGUCAUCAUGGCAGGCCCUAUCUGAUUAUUUUAUGGGCAAACGGCAGGUGCCUCUGUCCCUACCACCUGGUGCGCAGGCGGUGGACUUUCUCCUCAUUCCUCGCUCAUCUCCUCAUUUCGCCGGAGCCCAGGACCCCAUUGCAGUCAUUGUCCUUUUAUCAUCUGGUGAGCUCAUCACUAUGAGCUUUCCUUCUGGAUAUCCAAUCAGCCCCACAAACCAGCUUCACCCAUCUAUGUUCUUUGUUCACCCCUUCAUAACAAAGGUCAAUGUUUCCAGCCUGGAGCGUCCCCGAUGGUUGACAAUGACAGAGCGAAGAGACCAAGGCGAACCGUUGCUCAAGGGUGGUGCGGAAGCACAGAGACCGAAGAAGCGAUUUGAAGAGCGAACAAUUAUCCAGGCGGCACAUGGUGACAGCACCAUCCACAUCUGGGACUCGGGUCAUGCAGAUGAGAUUGAGAAUGGUGGGCAACUGCAGGUUGACGUCGCGCGGACCUUGGAUCGGUAUGACGAUAUUGAUAUUACUGCAAUGAGCAUGUCCUCCGGCACGGGUGAUUUUGCCGUAGGCACACGGACAGGAGAAGCAAUUGUUUACAAAUGGGGUGGUAAUCGAUUCUAUGGACGUGACGUCCCCCAACAACUGGAUCCGAACCCAAAGGGUCUUACUGACAUCAGUUCCCGUGCUGAGCCGACGCUGAAGGAGGGCCUUCAGCCGUAUAUUUUGUACGAAAUGAUGCAAGGUCCAAUCACUGCGAUUCAAGCUUCCAACGUCGGAUUUGUGGCAGUCGGGUCGGAAUUAGGCUUCUUGACACUCAUCGAUCUUCGGGGCCCAAAUAUUUUCUACCAAGCUCCUAUGACAGACUUUGCCAAGCAAGACAAGAGGAGCUCCUUCUUCAAGAGAGAGCACCAUCACCGCGCAAAGGACGAGCCCCAAAAGGAAUGGCCCGUUGUUAUUGAAUUUGGAGUCAUGACAUUGGAUGAGGAUAAGUAUUCAAGCAUUUGUUGCUUCGUCGGAACUAACUUGGGGAAAGUCAUUACAUUCAAGCUGCUUCCUGCUGCUGGCGGCGCUUACACGGCGCAGCUAGCUGGCGUUGUUGUUUUUGAUGGGGCAGUUAUUUCCCUAUCUCCUAUUAAUGCUCAAACCGGAAAGCCAGCAUUGGCUACGGGUUCCAUAGUUGGCUCCCUACGUGAAGGCAAGCAGGUGGACGGGGCUUUGGUAGCAGUUACCGAAAAGGAGAUGAGAGUAUUCAGGCCUGCAACUUCAAAGGGCGCCUCCCGAGAAUUCGAUGACAUACUAUGCCGUGCAGCAUCCGUUGCGGAACUCGAGCUUCAAGGGUUCGCCGUCGUGGCACUAUUAGCCGACCAAAGUGUGCGUGCAUACUCUAUUCCAGGAUUGAAGGAUCUUGGAAAAGCAGAAUUGCCAAUGAUAGAUCCAACCAUGAGCAAAUUAUCGGUUGUAACGCAAACGGGCGACAUCUUUGCCUGGACGGGGCCGAGUGAAAUGAGCGUGAUUCAUGUCUGGGGGAGUGGCAAGCCGCUCCAGCAAUCGCCAGACAUCAUGAUCAAUCCAGACCUACAAUGCCCUCCACGACCAACAAUCUCGAAUGUGCAAUGGAUCUCUGGUACUCAAUAUGUUUCACCGUUGGACCUAGAUGUCCUUGUCGGUGGCCCAGACAGACCUCCGAGCAAGAGAAUGCUGGACGCUGCGGCUGCAGAGCGACGUGCAACAGCAGGAGGGACAGCUGCCGUAGCAGGUGGAGUAGCAGCGAGCCAAGAGACUUGGGGGUCAUACCUGAGCCGUCAGGUCAAUGAGAGGACGGAAAAGUUGACGUUUCUCAAUAGCGGCGUAGACACCCUGCAAGACCAGAGCCAGGCGUGGGCAGACGAUAUCAACAAGUUUGUCAAUCAGCAAAAGCGGAAUUUGGUUAUGGGAAGUAUCAAGAGUAAAUUUUUCUGA